AUGGGGAGCAAUCCGGGCAGGUGGCCUCUUCGACUUCGACGUAGCUUGCAUCUGCACAACAAAGUGAAAUGCGGUCUUGACAGCUUGCAGGCCACGAUGGGCAUGAUCCCUCAGACGACUGGUCCCCAAGAUCGGUCGCACAAGAAAUCGCUUCCACACGUUGCACGGUUGGAGCUGAUGACAAGCCACGUCUUUGCUGUAGCAGUGUUGGCAUGCAGCGGCAUGGCAUGUGUCACAUGCUGGGCAAUGCGUGUGCUGAUUGCGUCCAUGCGCAAGUGGGGAUUGGGGGUGGGAUUCGGUUGCAUGGUGAUGCCAGGAUAG